GCAAUCGCACAAAAUCAAUUAGAAUUAUUUGCGCAAUUAGUUCUUAAUUUCGAGUUUUUAUGAUAAUUGUAAUCAAUUGCUUGAGUAAAUUUUUGCGGUGCUGCUAAAGAAAUGAACGAAAAAUCUUUGCACUCCCAUUUCGGACACACAAGCAGAUUGCACACUUUAAGCAUAAAUUAAAGUUUAUUUAAAUUUAGCGUGGAGAUAAUGGCGAAAAUAGAAAAAGGAUAUGCCACACCAUUUUUUAUAGGUGAAUUUGCGGCUAUGGUGUAUUUCCUGGUAGUAACAAUUGUAUUUCCCUGUUGUUGGUUAAUUACGAUUUUCUUGAUAAUUUACGGUAAUUAUUUUUGGAAAAUUGUAAUGCUUACAUAUCUCUUUUAUAUUCACAUAACAAACGCCAAAUUUUUUUUCAACAUUAAAGGAAAUGGUUUUCGAUUUCUACGCAGCAAUUGGUUAUGGAAACAGUUACGUCUUUACUUUCCUGUUGAGUUAGUGAAAACUGUGAAUCUACCUGCCGAUCGUCAUUACAUAUUCGCAAAUUUUCCCCACGGUGUUGUAACCUAUGGCUGUUCUAUUAAUGUUACCUUUGAUAUCGAUAAUUGGCUUGCAUUAUUUCCUGGUAUUCGCCCGAGACAGACCAUUUUAAAUGCAACCUUUUUAACGCCAUUUUUUCAUGAAUACUUACGUUGUUGCGGUUUCAUUUCGGUAUCGGAGAAAUCUUUAAUGCAUCACUUAACAACACGUUGGCGGGGUGAUGGAUUCACCUCAAAUGGCGUUGUGAUUAUGGUUGGUGGCGCCCAAGAGGCAUUAGACUCACAUCCAGGACAAUAUGAAUUGACAUUUUUACGGCGUAAAGGAUUCGUACGGGUGGCGAUUAAAAGUGGUGCCGCCAUCGUACCAUGUUUUACAUUUGGCGAGGUAGACAGUUUUGAUCGUUGGGACGGCCAUCGCGCGCAAUCUUGGCAAUUACUAAUAAAGUAUUUAUUUGGAAUAUCGAUAACGUUGAUAAAGGGUCGAGGCGGUUGUCCAUUGCCCUUUAAGCGGCGUAUCGUUCAAGUUGUUGGCGCACCAAUCGAUGUGGUACAAAGUGAUAAUCCGCAACCGGAAUAUAUUGAAGAAAUUCAUCAAAAAGUUGUUGAAAGUGUGAAGAAAUUAUUUGAGGAACACAAAAGCAAAUAUGUUGAAAAUUAUGAGAAUGUAAAACUUGUAAUCAACUGAGUAUAGCAUUCAUAUGUAUGGAUGUAUACAUGUAUGUAGCUGACUAUUAAAUGGAAUAAAUGGAGUACA